AUGUCUCCAUCGCCGAACCCUGAUCGAAGACCGCGAGAAAGACAUCGAAGUCCUCGACGAAGAAGCCGGAGCCCUGAUCUGUACCCACCUAUCACGUCUGAGACUCGACAAAAAUGCAAAAGUCGACGAAGAAGAAGCCGAGACCCUGAUUCCCACCGAUCAAGAAGCCCGCACGAGAGAACAUAUCAGUCACGGUCAAGGCGUGAGAAGGUGGCAAUCAAUGAGAGACUGGUUAUUGACCUGGUCACCCCCGAGCCAGAACUUACCGUGCCUAUCCCCGUUGCCGACAAGACCGUCAUCGAAGAGAUUAGUGCCGCAAACAUCUUCCAUUAUUCCCAAACUUACACUGUGCCAGUCGAGCAGAGAUCCCUUUCCACCAUUGACCUCGCCCAAGCCCCUUCUUCUCUACCCAUACCCCGACAAGCCUUUCUUCAUGAAGAAGAAGAACAAGGAAUCCAUAGGAUAGCGGCCGCUUUCCGGGGACCUGAAUCAGAGUGUGCGGAUAGAAUCCGCACGACUUUUGCUGAUGCAUUUGGAACCUCCCGAAAGCUUGAUCUAAUCAGUCGCCCUCCCACUCACCUAUCCACUCACCUCCCCCCACACAGUCACCCAUCCCCAUACCGGGGGGCCACUCCUUUGAAGGAGGCUGACAGUGAUACACUUGGAGGUCCCCCAAAGCCUGACCUAUCCAGCCAGACACUCUCACACCCGACUGUAAGCCUUACCAAGGACAUUGAUCUUGAUAUCAACGCUGUACCCAGUUCAAGCCGAUAUGUCAUUGCUAAAAACCCUGAGCCCUUCAGUGGUACAGUGGUAAAUGACCUAAAUCGCUUUGUUGCCAAAAGAUUGGCUUCAGAAAUGUUGGAUACGCCGCUUUACAAAGACGGUGUGUAUCAUUACAUAUUCUGGACAGAUGGCUCGUUCUUGUCGCCAAAUCAUGGUAGCUACGGCGGCGCAGCAGCAGUGUGGCUAGACCCCGAAUGUCUGGAAUGGCACGCGGUCAGGGAAAAACCUCCUUACCUACCAACCAACAGUGAUGAUCCGGAAUUAUUGGGGAUUGUGUUAGCGCUGUCGCAAGCCUCGAGCUUCAUCGCUAAAUUCCAGCGGACUCACCCGUCUAUCCUGGAUGCUCGGCACGAAGUUUUCGUUUUCACAGAUUCCUCUGCAUCACUACAUAUGAUAACCAGAGCCCAUCUGACCCCGUUAUACACGGACUUGGUUAGGGAUCCGUUGCUCGCAAAGAUUCUAGAGACGGGUACAGCACUGAAGCGGCUAGGCGUACACACCCAGCUGCACUGGGUUCCUGGACACUCUGACGUCCUUGGCAACGAAAUCGCUGAUCGUGAAGCUAAAAAAGCUGCCUACGGCAAGGACAUAGGACGACAUGUAUCUAGCGGGCAAUGGAUUAGACCAAGCUCUGUUUCCAUAAGCCGCACGACAGACCGCACGACAAGCCACACGACAAGGAAGCAUGAAGAAAUGAUCACCCGGGUGAAUGCUUUGUUACAUGGUGAUGACUACGUUCCUCCCCUAUGA